AUGAGUUCGAGUCAUCUCAUCCCGCCUCAAGAAGAGAAGAGAGACACAGCGGUACAAAGUCGUCUCCCAGUUGACCAUACGAGCUUCCUCGACACGCCACAAGAGGAGGGCGAUGUCAGAUACCAGAAAGCGAGCGCCGACUCUUUCCUCGUGCCCCCCCACGAAGAGAAGAGCACACAAACAGAAGGGAAACCACAUCUUGACAAAGGUGUCGACGUCCUCGAGGAUAACCUGAACGCAGGCACACUGCAUGUGCAGGAGUCUCAAGCCCGCGACGAAGCAGCACGUAACAAGCAAAUCUCGGAUGCAGUCCGUUCAGGGGCCGCGGGGGUUACGGGAGAGGACAUAGGCGUUGCUGAGCAUCAACGGCUGUUCUGA